AUGCCUUUUCGGUUACAUCUCGUACGGCAUGCGGAGGGUACCCACAACCCAAACCACGACACUACAAUACUCGAUCCCCAAUUGACAGAAAACGGCAUCAGCCAGUCUCAAGACUUAUGUCGAGAUUUCCCGUACCAUGAAAGCGUUGGACUCAUACUGGCAUCACCACUUCGCCGCACCCUCCAAACAGCGCGUCUCGGAUUCCAGAAUUCCAUCGAUCAAAAAUACUACGCACAUGGCUCUGGCGCGGGAGCCCCCGAUGGAGCUGAAUUGGUCCUCGAACCUGAUGUCCAGGCACACUCUGCUCGACCAUGCGAUACCGGUUCAGCGAUCUCGACUCUGCGCUCGGAGCUCUACGAUCUGCCCUGGGAAAUCAUGGAUUUGGACAUCGUAUUCCCGAGAAAGGAAGGCUUGUAUGCCGACGACUUUGAGUCUCUGGAGCUGCGCGGUGCCCGAAUCCAGCGUCGACUCGAACAGAAGUUUAAGGAAUUGGCGGGCACCAGUCGGCCGGACAUUGUCGUUGUGACACACGGCGGGUUUCUGAGAUUUGUGAGCGGGGACGAAAAUAUCGCUGUUGGGCAGGCGAAAUGGAAGACCCUGCUGGUGUCCUUCGAUCGAAAUUCAGGAAUCGUUAUUGAAUACUCUAAAUGA